UCUCCUUCCUUAGCCUCUGCUUCCUCUCUCCUGCUCUCCUAACUCUGUGUCCGCUCCUCCUCCUGUGCAUACAUACCUCGCUGUAGUCUCGACAGAGAUCGGCAUCCCGCUUCAGUGCUAUCCGCAUAUCUUGAUCCCGGGCUUCUUAAUCCUUGCUCGUGCCACUCGCCGGAGGUCCAGAGCGUGCAUCCUGCUACCACCUGAGAAUAUAAUCAACAGCCCCCUCUGCGUAAUUGCAGCCCUCUCGAACUCUUCCUCGUCUUCCCCACGUCCUCGCCACAGAUAGCAAAUCCGCCAUCAUGGGAAUCGGCGCAAUAGCAGAGCCGCUCGUCGUGGUGACGCUGCUCUUCGGUGGCACGUGGAUCAAUCGCAACAAGAACUACAACAUGUUCGCGCGGAACUCUCGAUCCCAAAGCCCGCGGUCGCGCUGGGAUUCGUCGCCUGAUAGCAUUGAGUCUGGAUCCAGCAGUCCGCAACUGACAGACUCGCUUCUGGGGAGCUCCGACCGACCCGCUUCGCCGUCGCUGCUUGCGCCACAGGACUCGUUUUGGCGGCGACGAGAGAUAUCGCUGCUGGGAAUCCGAGCGGAGGUGACUUCGCCGAAUACGCGAAGGUUCAAGGGGAAGUUUCUGAGCCGGCUGUUGCAGAAGUUCCCGUUCUUGGUGGAGGCGUGGUACUGGGCCUUGAUCUACUGGGUCUACCAAAUCGGCCGCGCCCUCACAGCGUUGACUCUCGUCGAAGGCACCGUCGCAGUCGCGCGGAAGCAUGCUCUACAACUAAUCCACAUCGAACAACGCCUCGGCCUCUUCCAAGAGCUCCCCAUCCAGCACUGGUUCCUCGCACACCCUCUGCUCAUGCACUGGAUCAACCGCAUCUACUCCUUCAUCCACAUCCCAGGCACCAUCCUCUUCCUCGUCUGGCUCUUCCACUACACCUCCCGCCCAACCCUCACCCUGCCAACUCCUGCCACCAAACCCGUCCCAGACGAUGUAUCCACCGCCAGCCCGGCUCUCUACGAAGCUCGCCGCCGCACCAUGGCCGUCUGCAACCUGAUCGCCUUCAUCGUCUUCACCGCCUGGCCCUGCAUGCCGCCGCGCCUCCUCUCCGACCCCAACGUCCCCGGCGAAAUCGGCGACGAAGCCCGCAGCUUCGGCUUCGUCGACACGGUGCACGGCGCCGAGGGCGAGAGCUCCGUGUGGACGCAAAACAAGUUCUGCAACCAGUACGCCGCCAUGCCGUCGCUGCACUUCGGCUACUCGCUCCUCAUCGGCCUCACCAUCGCCACCAUCCCGCUCGCGCCGCACCACCGCCGCUGUCGCACGCUGUCGUACCGCAUCGGGAGCCGGUCUACGUUCCGGCUGCGGCUUUUCAGCCGCAGGCGGCUGAUGUGUCUGGCGAUUGGGAUCGCGUAUCCGCUGACUAUCCUCAUUGCUAUUAUUGCGACGGCCAACCAUUUCAUCCUCGAUGCUGUGGCGGGCGCGUGUGUGUGUGGGCUUGCGUGGACGGGGAAUCGGAUGCUGCUGAAUUUGAGGCCGGUCGAGGAUUGGUUCUUGUGGUGUGUGCGGAUUCAUAAACCUGAGGUGCGCAGAGGGGAUGCGGUGGCGUGGGUUUGGGAGGGGUUUCAUGGGGGAAAGGAGUAGAGAUGUGUUAAGAAUUGCAACGAGAGGGCACUACUAGUGAUGUACUAGUAGUGGAAGGAACGUGAUAUUCUUUUGAUAAGAAAAAUGGGAGUGAUGGCUGGACGUGAUGUCAACGAAGCGUGUUGUUAAUGAAAGAUUGAGGGACUGAGUUGUAAUGAGAGAGAGCAGGACUUUGGAAAGGGAUGGAUAGAUGGAUGGACGGGAAAGCGAGCGAGUUGCAGAAGUCUAACGGCGAGACGGCUUGAUACCCUCCCCCCCCGGGCCAUUUUCCACUCGCUAUUUUUAUUUGGAAAUGCAUUGUAAAUAGGUUGAUCGCAUAGCUGGGUGAUGAGAUAUUGUUAAUGAAGCGGCAUU